CAAGACACAUUUCUCGGCGAGGGUUUACAGAUUUGCACUCUCUCUCUCUCUCUCGUUCCCUUUCUGUGUAUGAAGCUGACGAGCUCUCACCAGCUUUGCCGUCGAAUUCUGGGCCGGAUCUUCGAUUAGUUCAAAUGAGAUGGCAUCUUCGCAUAAUGUCGAGUUGGAGGCGGCAAAGUUUCUCCACAAGCUCAUUCAAGAUUCCAAAGAUGAGCCUGCCAAACUUGCCACAAAGCUUUAUGUGAUAUUACAACACAUGAAGUCAAGUGGGAAGGAACAUUCCAUGCCAUAUCAAGUGAUAUCAAGGGCCAUGGAGACUGUUAUUAGUCAACAUGGUCUUGAUAUUGAAGCUUUGAAGUCAUCACGCCUUCCUUUGUCUGGUGGAGCUCAAACAGGGUCUUCUCAGGCUGUUGGAGUUUCAAAAGAUUCCAAAACAGGUUUGGCCGAAAAUGAGAUGUCUAAUAUGGACCCGUUUUCUACAAGCAGACCACCUGUUGGCCCUAGCAGUACAGGGCAGGAUUAUUAUCAAGGCUCUACUACUCAUCGGAGUAGUCAGUCUUUUGAUCAUGAAAGUCCAUCUAGCUUGGACUCUAGGUCUGCCAAUUCACAGUCACAAGAAAGGCGUGAUACAGCAAACUGGGACAAACAGGUGAAUCGAAAGGAUGGUAAAAAAGCCACCACUAAGAGGAAGAGGGGAGAUACAUCCAUACCUACAGAACCACAUCUUGAUAACCCUCAACAUCUUGAUACUCGAAAUGCUAUAGUUAAUACGAGGAAGGGAAAGAUAAACAAGGUUGAACCACCGGCUGGUUUCCCAAUUAAAGGUGGUGAAAAUGCUAAUUUUAAUAUUGCUCCAAGUAGUGGUCAAAUGGAACAUUUUACAUCUUUCUCUGGAAGCAUGAGACCACUGCUUAGAGCCAAGCAAGAAGGUCAAAAUUUGAUAGAAAAGCAGUUGGAUUUGACAAACACUAGCAAUUCGAUGUCUCGGGCUCCGAAUGCAAAACUCCCUGAAGAAAUGGAAGUUUCUUCUACUCAUAAUGCUUUAGCACAGCAGCAGGCUGCUCCUGUACCUCUUACACAUGACACUAUGGGUGUGUGGAAUCAAAGUAAAGCUGGGUUUCCAUUUGAUAAGUCUCAAGUUCCCAGGUUUUCUUCUAAUGUUGUUGUCCCAAGUAAUAUGACAGCAGAAAUUCAAAUGCAGCAGUUAACAUCUCCAUCACCUGGAUCAAGUUCUUUUGGCAAGAUUCAAGGAGGUGUUCCAGUUACAUCUAGUUCAUAUCAAGUGGCAGAACCAAGAUUCUCAAGUCCAAUGCAAUACAGUGGGGCGAUGCCUUCAACUGGAAAGGUCUCUGAGCAUGAUGGAGGAAAUACUAAUAUAUUAGCCGACGCAAAUAAGAUAUUUCAGGCUGGAAGGCAAAAUAGUGCAUUAGAAAUGAGUAUGCUGAGAAGUGCAGCUGUGAGGGAUACUGGUAAAACUCCAGUCCACCUGGCUUCUGGCUCUCCUGGCAUGCCUUUCAAGGAACAGCAGUUGAAACAGCUCAGAGCGCAGUGCCUUGUCUUUUUAGCCUUUAGAAAUGGUUUGAUGCCAAAGAAACUUCAUCUUGAAAUUGCACUGGGAAAUGUUUUUCCUAAAGAAGGUGGCAGUACGGAUGGGCCUCGAAAAGAGUUCAUUGACCAUAAAGGAAAAACACAAUUUUCAAAUGAGCCAAACAGCAUUUCUGAUUCCACUACACCAUAUGGAAGACUUAACAAUGAGAGGGAAACUGAUAAAAUGCUUCCCGGUGCCUCAUCCACCGGAAAAUUCCUGGAGACUGACUCUUUGUCAAAAGAAACUGAGAACCCAAAUAUGGAAGAAAAGAAUGGCCCACCUCCGGAUCUCUUUGUUCUCGCUGAAGAAAAAAAGCAUCUUCUUGUUUCACAAAAACCAGAAUCUGAGACACAGACCCUGGAGACCACAGCCUCACCAGCAUGUUUAACCAUGACAUCACAGCAGCCUGAAUCUUCAGGUGCAAGGAGUGGUUUACCUGUUAGUAAUCCUGUGGAAAAUAUGGAAAAUGGACAUUUGCAAGUUGGAAGGGUUAACCAAACUUCUUCCCUAAUGGGUAUGAAUAAGCAGAAUUCUGAGAUAAUCAGCUGGACUGGAGUUGGCAAUCAGAAUGAAGUUUCCAGGGGACUGUUACCAGCCUCUGCUGGUCAGCCAGAGUUGGUGUCUGAAAGAAACAAUAAUGCACCUGGUCAGUUCCCAAAUCUUGGUAGCAGCAGUGCUCUGGGUAGUCAACAUACUGAUAAUCACCCGACUUCUUUUUCAUUUGGAGAUCGUUGGAAACCAAUUUCUGGAAUUGGCAAUGAUCAUCACUCAGCAAGUGCAUCAAAGGACGCUCACAUGAUGCCAAAACACGUUUCUCAUGGACAAGUAAAGGAAGAUAACCGUACUGAUUUGCCACCUUCACCAAAAUACACUAUGUCAGAGAAGUGGAUUAUGGCUAAGCAGAAAAAGAAGCUUCUGGAUGAACAAAAUUGGACUCUAAAACAGCUAAAAGCAAGGCAAAAAAUUGCCACAUGUUUCCACAAGUUAAAGGAAAAUGUGAGCUCAUCUGAAGAUAUAUCUGCAAAAACCAAAAGUGUUAUAGAACUGAAAAAACUACAACUCUUCGAGCUGCAACGCCGUCUCCGGAGUGAAUUUUUGAAUGAUUUCUUCAAACCAAUCAAUACUGAAAUGGAUCACUUGAGAAACUGUAAGAAAUUUAGACAUGGUAGGAGGAUAAAACAACUUGAAAAGUUUGAGCAAAAGAUGAAGGAAGAGCGACAAAAGAGAAUUCGGGAGAGGCAAAAGGAGUUCUUUGGUGAAAUAGAGGUUCACAAGGAAAGACUGGAUGAUGCGUUUAAAAUUAAAAGAGAGCGGUGGAAGGUUUUCAAUAAAUAUGCGAAGGAGUUCCACAAAAGGAAGGAACGCAUCCAUCGUGAGAAGAUUGAUCGGAUUCAACGUGAAAAGAUAAAUUUAUUGAAGAUCAAUGAUGUGGAGGGAUAUCUGCGAAUGGUGCAGGAUGCCAAAUCUGACCGUGUUAAGCAACUUCUCAAAGAGACGGAAAAAUAUCUUCAAAAGCUCGGAUCCAAGCUACGAGAUGCAAAGGCUGUGGCAAGUCAAUUUGAGCAUGAUAUGGAUGAAAGUGGAAGUGGAGGUGCUACUGAGAAGAGUGAGCCUAGUUGUGAAAAUGAAGAUGAAAGUGAUCAGGCAAAGCAUUACAUGGAAAGCAAUGAGAAGUACUAUUUGAUGGCUCAUAGUAUAAAAGAGAAUAUCGCGAAGCAGCCAUCUAUUCUUAAUGGUGGAAAAUUGAGAGAGUAUCAAAUGAAUGGCUUAAGGUGGUUGGUGUCUCUAUACAACAAUCAUUUGAAUGGUAUACUUGCUGAUGAAAUGGGUUUGGGUAAAACUGUUCAGGUUAUUUCUUUAAUUUGUUACCUGAUGGAAACAAAAAAUGAUCGAGGACCUUUCCUAGUGGUUGUGCCAUCUUCAGUGUUACCCGGAUGGGAAUCAGAAAUUAACUUUUGGGCCCCUAGUAUUCUUGGGAUCGUCUAUGCUGGGCCCCCUGAGGAGAGACGUAGGCUAUUCAAGGAAAGAAUAGUUCAACGGAAAUUUAAUGUCCUCCUUACUACAUACGAGUAUCUGAUGAAUAAGCAUGACAGACCUAAACUAAGCAAAUUACACUGGCAUUAUAUAAUAAUCGAUGAAGGCCAUCGGAUAAAGAAUGCUUCCUGCAAGUUAAAUGCUGAGUUGAAGCAUUAUCAAAGCUCUCACAGAUUGCUGUUAACUGGAACUCCACUGCAGAAUAAUCUCGAGGAGUUGUGGGCGCUACUAAAUUUCUUGUUGCCCAAUAUUUUUAAUUCAUCAGAAGAUUUUUCUCAGUGGUUCAACAAACCAUUUGAAAGUAGUGGUGAUAGCACAGCUGACCAAGCCUUACUCUCUGAGGAGGAGAAUCUAUUGAUCAUAAACCGUCUUCACCAAGUUCUUCGACCAUUUGUCCUUCGGAGGCUGAAGCAUAAGGUUGAAAAUGAACUACCCGAAAAGAUUGAGAGACUUGUAAGAUGUGAGGCUUCUGCUUAUCAGAAGCUUUUGAUGAAGAGGGUAGAAGAUAAUUUGGGUACAAUUGGAAAUUCCAAGGCCCGGUCAGUGCACAAUUCUGUUAUGGAGCUUCGAAAUAUAUGUAAUCAUCCAUAUCUCAGCCAGCUUCAUGCAGAGGAGGUUGAUACCUAUAUACCAAAGCAUUAUCUGCCACCAAUUAUAAGGCUUUGUGGGAAGCUUGAGAUGUUAGAUCGAUUACUUCCCAAGCUAAAAGCAACAGAUCAUAGGGUUCUUUUCUUUUCCACAAUGACUAGGCUACUUGAUGUUAUGGAGGAAUAUCUCAACGGUAAACAAUAUCGGUACCUCAGGUUGGAUGGACAUACAUCUGGGGGUGAUCGUGGUACCCUUAUUGACAUGUUCAAUAAACCGGAUUCUCCCUUUUUUAUAUUUCUUCUCAGCAUUCGGGCUGGUGGUGUUGGAGUAAAUCUUCAAGCUGCAGAUACAGUGAUAAUAUUUGACACUGACUGGAAUCCGCAGGUUGAUUUGCAAGCUCAAGCAAGGGCUCACAGAAUUGGCCAGAAGAGGGAUGUGCUUGUUCUUCGAUUUGAAACAGUUCAAACUGUUGAGGAACAAGUCAGAGCUGCAGCUGAGCACAAACUGGGAGUAGCGAAUCAGAGCAUUACUGCUGGUUUCUUUGACAACAAUACAAGUGCUGAAGAUCGAAGAGAAUAUUUGGAGUCCCUUUUGCGUGAGUGUAAGAAAGAAGAAGCUGCACCUGUAUUAGAUGAUGAUGCUUUAAAUGAUCUCUUAGCUCGCAGUGAGCCAGAAAUUGAUGUAUUUGAAACUAUUGACAAAAGAAGACGGGAAGAAGAGAUGGCAACAUGGAGGAAAUUAGCAUGUGUUCAAGGCAUGGAUAGUUCUGAAACUCUGCCUCCUUUGCCUUCUCGCCUCGUUACAGACGAUGACUUGAAGGAGUUCUGUGAAGUAAUGAAGGUAUAUGAGGUGCCAAAGACUGGUGAAGUGUCUAAUGUCGGGGUAAAGCGGAAGGGUGGGGCUCUUGGGGGCCUUGAUACUCAACGUUAUGGCAGGGGCAAACGGGCAAGAGAGGUGCGUUCAUAUGAAGAACAAUGGACAGAAGAGGAAUUUGAAAAGUUGUGUCAGGCUGACUCACCUGAUUCCCCCACAAAAUCAAAGGAAGAAUUUUUGGAGUCAAACUUGCCAAAAGAUGACAGUGGGUCUGUGGUGGCUGUUUGUAAAACAGAACUUCCUGCUCCACUUCCACCACACUUACCAUUACCGUCUGUGGAGCUGCCCCAGAUACAGCAAAGUAAAGAGGUUACACCACCAGCUAAACGAGGCCGUGGAAGGCCAAAAAGAGCAACACUGGAUCAAUCACCAACUGCGAUGGCUCUUACAGCACCUUCUGGAACUGUCAAAGUGGAUACUGGGUUACAGAGAGGAGUGGUGUCGAGCCCUGUAACAAAUUCAGGCCCUGAUUCAUCACCUAGUUCUGUUAAUGUACAGGGUAUUGGUGGAAUUGUACAACCUAAUAAUAUCGUGGCCUCACCUAGCUCUCAGCCAACUGCUCCUAAACCUUCUGUUACUCCUGGUUCUCAAACGACCAUUGUCAGCCCAUCUGCAUCAACACAAGUAAGAGGACAAGGUCGGAAAACUCAAAGUGGAUUAGAAGCACCCAGGCGUAGGGGAAAGAAACAGGUGCCACAAUCACCUGGUGUUUCUGGUGGAUUAGCUGGUUCUGAUCCAAAACAAAAUGAAGUAUCACAGAACACAUCUGUGAACCCAUUAGAAAAUCAAGCCAUUGGCAUGAGCGAAACUGUUUCUUGUACUUCUGCAGUCCAACAUCCUGAUUCUUUACCUGGUUCUGUUCCUUUACAAGGUGCCAAUGGGACUGAUCAUCAAGUUGGUGGUGCAAUGGCUUUGACUUCUCAGCCAACCCUUCCUUCCCCAUCUGUUGCUCCUUCCUCUCAAUCUUCUCCUUCCCCUUCUGUACCUGUGCAAACGAAAGGGCAAAACCGGAAGGCUCAAAGUGGCGCAGGAGCACAGCGGCGUAGGGGAAAGAAACAGGUGCCAGUAUCACCUGCUGUUCCUGAUGUGUUAGAUGCUCAGGAUUUAAAACCAAAUCUGCAACCACAGGAUAAACCUGGAGAUUUAUCUGUGAGCAAAGACAGUGCUGCGAGAAGUAAGCAAGAGGCUGAUGGUUUACCUGGUCAGAAUCUGAACUCAACUGAAGAAUCAGUAAAUUCAACUGAAGCCAAGCAGACAAUAAGCUCAUCAAUGAUACACGAGACUGCCCUCAGAACCCUGGGCCCUGCGACAGGGGAAAGCCUAAAUGUUAUUGCAUGCAAUGCUACUGUGACAAAAGAGGCUUUGCCUGAAAGUUGCUCAUCCAAACCUAAGAAUGACAAGGUUUCAGGGAAUGAAGGUGCUGCCAUACCAGCUGAGGUGAAUAAGAGCCAGAGUUUGGAGGAUAAAGCUUGUCCAGCUAUUGCAACUUCCAUAACUGCGGCUCCAGCUCAUACUCCUUUAACUGAUUCCUUUCCCAGUUCCACUGCUGUGGAAAACACCAGUGAGACAAAAUAUGACGUUGCUAAGAUUGCUCCUAGCUCUCAGUCAACGCCUUUGUACCAUUCUGUUCCUCUGGCAUCUCAAUCUAUCACUCCUUGCCCUUCCGAAUCACUAGAAGUCAAACGGCAAGGUCGAAAGACUUCAAACAGAGCAGAAGCACCCCGUCGUAGGGGAAGGAAGCAGGCUCCGGUGUUACCUGCUGUUUCUGAUGGUCCAGCCGGUCAGGAUCCAAAAUUAAAUUCUCAAUUACAGAAUGCAUCUGCUGUUACAAUGGGAAGUAAGUCUGUUGCUCCGAGAAGUAAGCAAGGUACUGAUGGACAGGAACUGACAAAUGCUAUUCAGGCCCAGACAAGCCAAGUGCAUUUGGCUAGCAGUUUAGUGGGUCAUGAUCCAAAAAGAAAAGAGCAGUCAGGCUAUUCUGCCCACAAUAGGCAACCUACAAACUCAACAUCAGCACUUGACAGUGCUGCUGGAUCCUCUGAUAAGAGUUCUGCUUUGGGCCGCAUCCAGACUGCUGAUGUAAAUGAUGUUGCUCGUGUGAUGAAGGAGGUCUUUUCUGGAACAAUUUUGUCAAAAGCUAAAAUUCCUGAAACUUUUGGGAGAGAAGGUAGGGUUGCCCCCUGUAUACCUUUAUCAAGUAAGAUUCCUGUGGACACAGCCAAAAGCCAAUGUUUGGAGGAUAAAUCAUGUCCUACUCUGCCAACUUUGGAAACAGCAGCUCAUGCACUUGACCUUACUGGGACUGAUGCAAAAGGGGAGAGGGACAAGACACCUGCUUUGAAUGAAACCCAUGUUCCCAUCACUAAUAUGGACCAACCUGAAAGCAAGACGGCUGUGGGCUCCAUCAAAGAAUUGAAAGGUUCGAAACAACUUUCUGUUGAUGGCACAACUAGGGUGAGUAAGACUGUUUUUCAACCAGUGUCUCCAGAUGUUGAUGUGACUGCUUCUAGUAUAGGGGCCUGUGGGAGUGAGGUAGGUUCAUCUUUGGUAUUUUCAAGUAGUGUUGAGCAUCCUCAGGUGAUUGGUGGAAACAAAACUGAAUCUUUGUCAGGAGAGUCUCCUAAAUCCUCUUCUGUUGAUUUAAGUGACAAUAAGUGUCCUACGAUUUCCAUGAAUACUGACAAUGCUAGUCUUCAUCUUGGAUUGACACCUCCUGUUCCUGAGGGCCCAGUUGAGUCAGGUGUGGUGGGCCCUCCUGCUAUGAUUGAUUCUGAAAACAAGAUAGAGCCUUGUGUUAAAGAGCAUCCAACAUCUCCUCCUUGUAAUGCGGCCAGCCUUGAGUGCGCUCCCCUAAUUCCCAAAGAUUCUGAUGAUGUUAGCAAUCAUUCUAAAGACACUUCACCCAUUUCUGCAAGUCCAGAUCGUUCAGCUGUCAUUCCUGAUAUUCCUGAAAUGACUGAAACAAAUGCCGUAGACAAAACAGAGCCUUCUUCCAAAGAGUCUCGAGAAUCUUCCCCUCAUGAUAAUGUAUCCACAACAUUUGAAAUCGUUUGUCCAGGAGAGAGUGCACCCAUGUCUGUUGGUUUAGAGGAUUCGGAGCUUCCUGGCAUGGCUGAGAAUGACACUGGAGAAAUGGUUGAGUCUGCUUCAAAAGGUUGUCCAAAAUCUUCUCCUGUUGAUAUAAGCCAUGAAAUUUCCACAACUAUUACCACAAUCCCAAAUAUUGUGUUUGGUGGGGGUUGUAUUGACAAGGUUGAUGUGCCUUGUACAGAAUCUGAAGCUGCUAAUUGUUCUGGUGAAGGUAAUUUUUUGAAUUCUGAAAUUUCCUUGAAGGCUGAUGAUUUCGAAGUCACUCUUGGGUCAGCUGAUGUUGCCUCGGGGCAUAAUACUAUGCAUGAUAUUCCUACUGAAAAGGGCAUCUUGGAACUUCGAACUGAUGUGAUUGAGGAUGGUAGUAUUGAUGUGUGCAAUGUGGAAGUUGUCCCCUCCGAGGGUGAUCAAAUGAAUGUUUCUUGUGUUGGUUGUUAUCCAUCUGCAAAAGUAUCAGACACGAGUUUACCUGCAUCUUCAUUGUUAACUGUGGGAGAAAUCAAUGACUCAUCUGAUAGAGGUCAAGUUGACAGCUAUGUAUCACAGGAGAACCCAAAAAGUUCUGGUGCAGCAUUGGUUGUUUCUCAGGAUGAUGGUUUCGUUUCAGGAGAUAGAUCAGAAAUCUUACAGUCAUCUUCCUUGGUGGAAGAGGAACCAGUAGGGGGCGCAUCUGUGAAGUGCCAAAAUUCCAGCUCGUCAUCUUCAGAGGAAAGGAAAGAUUCAGUUACUGAAAAGGAUGUUAUUUUGUCUGAGGAACUUAUACCAAAAAACUUGGAUGUUCCUUUAUCUUUAAUUACACAGGAAGAAAAUAUUGAGGGUUCAUCGGAGGAGAGGCCAAGUUGCAGUUCCAUACUACUGGAUGAUUCAAAAGGUCCUGGAGCUUUAACAGUUGUUCAAAUUGAUUUAUCUCAGGUUUGUGAAACUUUGCAAGAGAAUGUUGUAUCAGAAGGUAUGGAUCCACCUUCAUCUUCCUUAGUGACUGGAGAAGAGCCGACUGAGGAAAUAUCUAAGAAGAAUCAAGUUUGCAGAUCUGUACCUGUGGAGGAACCAGAAGUUUCUAGAGCUGAAAGAGAUGCUCGAAUUGAUUCGUCUCAGGUUGAUGGCAUUUUACCGCAAAUGGUUGUGGACAACUUAGGUUCUCCUCUAUCUUCUUUAGUGACAGAGGAAGGAAAGAUUGGGGACUCAUUGGUAAAAUGUGUAAUUGGCAGUCCAGUACAAAUGAAAGAAGAAGACAAGAUUGAUGGAAUAUCUAUUAAAUGUUUAAGUGGGAAUUCAGACCUACUGGGAGACUCACAAGGAUCUGAUGCUGAAAUGGAUGUUUCUCAGGCUCGUGGGUUUCUAACAGACACUGAAAGUGUUAUUGUGCCUUCAUCUUCUGCAGCAGUUAAGGAAGGAAAGAUUGAGUGCUCAUCUGAGAGGGGUCCAGUUAACAGAUCAAUAGUGCUGGAGGAAACAUCUGAAGAUUUAGUUACUGAUAAUGUGGUUGUUUCUCGGGUUGGUGUGUUUGUGCCCAAAAAUAUGUUAGAAGCUGCGGUUCAACCUUUAUCUACUUUGACAAAAGAGCAGGAAAAGACUGAGUGCUCUUCUGAGAAGGAUCAAGAUGGCAGCUCAGUACAACUGGAUGAACCAAAUGGAAAGGAAGAUGAAAUGGAUCAAAUGGAAACGCCCAGAUAUUCUGGGGAUUUGCCAGACUGUAUUGUAUCAGAAAGUGUGGAUUUGGAAGAGAAGAUUCAGGGCUUAUCUGAGAAGGAUCCUGUAAGCAGCUUAGCACCACAGUUGGAAUCAAAGGUUUCUGAACCUGAGAUGGUUGAUCAUUUGGAUGCAUCUAAGGUUGGCGUGAUGCUGCUGGAAGAAGCUAUUUCAGAAAACGUUGACCUGCCUGCAUCUUCCAUGGAGACUGAAGGAAAAGAGGUAGUAGGUCCAUCUGAGGGAAAAGUUGGCUGCUCAGUGAUGGAGGAGGGUUCAAAAACACCUGUAGCUGAAAUGGUUCCUCAAGUGAAUGCUUCUGAUGCUUGUGAGAGUGUGCAAGAAAUUGUAUCAGAAAACAUGGAUCUGCCUCUGGUUAACUCAACCAUAGUGGUUGAUAGUGUUGAAGGCUCAUCUGAUGCAGUGCCUAUAGGCAGCACCAAAUCACCAGAGGGGUUGGAGUCUGAAGCUAAAAUUGUUGAUGGUUUUCAGGUUUGUGGGACAUUGCCAGGAAAUGUUUCUGAAAACUUGGAUCAGCUUCCAGUUACCUUGGCCAUAGGGGGCGAUAAUGUGGAAGGCUUAUCUGAGGCAGGGCCUAUAGACAACUCCAAUUCACUAGAAGAGUCAAAAUCUGAAGCUAAAAUUGUUGAUGCUUCUCUGGUUUGUGGGACAUUGCCUGGAAAUGUGUCUGAAAACUUGGAUCAGCUUCCAGUUACUUUGGCCAUAGGGGGGAAUAGUGUUGAAGGCGUAUCUGACGCACGGCCUAUAGACAGCUCCAAAUCACUAGAAGAGUCAGAAUCUGAAGCUAAAAUUGUUGAUGCUUUUGAGGUUUGUGGGACAUUGCCAGUGGAUGUGUCUGAAAACUUGGAUCAGCUUCCAGUUACCUUUGCCAUAAGGGGUGAUAGUGUUGAAGGCUUAUCUGAGGCAGGGCCUAUGGACAGCUCCAAAUCACUAGAAGAGUCAGAAUGUGAAGCUAAAGUUGGUGAUGCAUCUCAGGUUGCUGGGACAAUGCAAGAAAAUGUGUCUGAAAACAUGGAUCAGUCUGAAGCUCCCUUGACCAUGGGGGGUGAUAGUGUUGAAGCAUUACCUGAGGCUGGGCCUGCGGUUAGCUCCAAAUCACCAGGGGAGUCAAAAUGUGAAGCUAAAGUUGGUGAUGCUUCCCAGGUUUGUGGGUCAAUUCCAGAAACUGUAUUUGGAAACCCAGAUCAGGCUCUAGUUACAUUGGCCAAGGAGGGUGGUCACAUUGAAGGUUUAUCUGAGGCAGGGCCUGCAGGCAGCUCCAAAUUACCAGAGUUAGAAUCUGAAACUAAAGUUGUUGAUGAUUCUCAGGUUUGUGCACCAAUGCCAGAAACUGUGCCCGAAGCUGAAGUUGGUGGUGACGUUGAAGGUUUAUCAGAGGCAGGGCCUGCAGGCAUUUCCAAAUUACCAGAGUUAGAAUCAAUGCCAGAAACUGUGCCCGAAGCUAAAGUUGGUGAUGACAUUGAAGGUUUAUCUGAGGCAGGGCCUGCAGGCAGUUCCAAAUUACCAGAGUUAGAAUCUGAAACUAAAGUUGGUGAUGAUUCUCAGGUUUGUGCACCAAUGCCAGAAACUGUGCCCGAAGCUAAAGUUGGUGAUGACGUUGAAGGUUUAUCCGAGGCAGGGCCUGCAGGCAGUUCCAAAUUACCAGAGUCAGAAUCUGAAACUAAAGUUGGUGAUGAUUCUCGGGUUUGUGCAUCAAUGCCAGAAACUGUGCCCGAAGCUAAAGUUGGUGAUGACGUUGAAGGUUUAUCUGAGGCAGGCCCUGCAGGCAGCUCCAAAUCACCAGAGUUAGAAUCUGAAGCUAAAGUUGGUGAUGAUUCUCAGGUUUGUACGUCAAUGCCAGAAACUGUGCCUGAAAACCCGGAUCAACCCCAAGUUAACUUGGUCGUUGGGGAUGAUCAUGUUGAAUGCUUAUCUGAGGCAGAGCCUGUAGGCAGCUCCAAAGCACCAGAAGAGUUAGAAUCUGAAGAUAAAGUUGGUGAUGCUUCUCGGGGUUGUGUGGCAACGCCAGAAAAUAUGUCUGAAAGCAUGGAUCAGCCUCCAGUUAUCUUGGCCAUUGGGGGUGAUGGUAUUGAAGCCUUAUCUGAUGCGGGGCCUGUAGGCAGCUCCAAGUCACCGGAGGAGUCAGAAACUGAAGCUAAAGCUAGUGGCGCUUCUCAGGUUUGUGGGACAAUGCCAGAAAAUGAGUCGGAGAACAUGGAUUUUGAGCCAUCUUCAACAGCACAGGAAGGUCAAACUGUGGGGUCAUCAUCUGAGAAAUCAGGUGGUAGCUCAAUGGCACAGCCCGAAGUUGAAUGAGUAUCUUGACUAUAAUUUGUACAGCUUGUUAGACCAUAAAAACAUAUAUAUUCAGUGAAGUAUAGUUUGCCCUUUAUAAAGGGGUAAUAUUUAGUUUCCAAUUAGUGUGUAGAUAGAGUAUUUAUAUGACUUCUUUUGUCGAACUGUCUUCCACAAACUUGUCACUGGGAUUUAAACUUUUACUGGCGCUGAAUUUAGAUGUCAGCAGCUAACUUUUUGUUAACCUGAUUAUCUCCUUUCUUUAAGAAUUUGGAGCCUAAAUUUCGCUC